AUGCUGUGGAAGUCAUACACCCUCAUCUUUUUCACAUUACUUGCUUCGGCAAACAUUCUCAAGUCCUGCUUUGGCGAGUUGCGUAUUCUCCCACCAGCUGACCCCUGGUACUACAAGGACAUUACGCGACAACAAGCCGAGGCCAUCCUGCUCGAAGAGAGUCGUGAGGGUUGCUUCCUCGUUCGUGAUUCCGUGAGCAAGAAGAACACCUUCACUUUAUCGGUGACUUCUAAGGAUCCAGAGGAGUGA